UCAGAAUGGGUUUGAAUUUAUUGUUAGUGCGACACUCGGUAUGAUACCGGUUACUACCGAUGUGUCUUGGUGGUCUGGUUUGCAUUAGAAUUGUUCGGGUUUUCUCGCUGGCUAAGGUUGGUGUAGGCGCGCAUUGGUUCUGGAGCUGCGAAGUGGUUCCUACCUUAAGGUACCGGUACCGCGCUCUUCCCAUAAACCUAGGUUCGAGACCCCACGAGCCUUUCGCCACAUUGGUACCGGUACUCCCCCCACAAGAGAGGGACUCAGAUAAGUCCCCUGUGAGUAAUAAUUGCACUUUUUUGCACAUUAACCAAUCUGAGGCACUCCUGCAGGAACUCUGUUCAAUCAGAAGGCUGACUCCGAACUCGAGACUCGUGGCGAUCCUUCUUACCCUGCGGCAAGGUGAGUCAGUAGAGAGUCUCAGCCUCGCUCAUCGCUCUCACCUCCUCACUAUAAAAUCCCCCGCACUCGUCUUUACCUUCAACCAAAUUUAUCAUCCUGGUUGUACAAGUUUUAGAUAUACUACUGCACUGAGCCGACGGAAGCUAGUACUUUUUGUAGUAAAGUUGCGAAGAACAAGAAGACUCCUUCCAUCCACGGCUACAAGGAGAUGUCGCAACGUCAGCACUACUCGCAGUUGCCGAACCGAGGUGAAGGGGCGAAUCCCCCACAAAGUCCGGGGGCAUUCACGUCCGGCGGUCAGUGGCGGCCGCAGCCGCAAUCGCAGUCGCAGGCUCCAGCACCAGUUGUGUCGAGGGAUGCUUACAACCCACUCAUGAGCCCACACCCGGGCGGGGGUCCACAGCGGCUUGAGGGCGGUGAUACCAACAAUGGUAACAACGACAAUAACAAUUCCUCGUUUAACAUUGGGUCUACGCACUGGGCGAAUCUACCACCUGUAUUCCCGAUAGGCGGGAACAUACCGUAUCCGCAGCGCCCGGCGGGGUGUUGGAGAGGGCAGCCUCAACAAGCUCCUAGCGCCGCACCACCAACCCCACAAUCGCAAGCGGGAUUCCGAGGAUUUCGUUCACCGCCUCCAGCUCCAAGCUCCCCAAUUUCAAUCCAACCCCCACAGCCGCGGUCUACUUCUCCUCGCCCAUUCUCCCAAUCCAACAUUACCCUCGCAGUCGACGUCAGUGGCUCCACCGCGGGCCGAAUUCUCCGGACAGAAGUAGAAUUUAUGUCCAGCAUAAUCCAGCAAAUCCUCCGGCCGGACCAGCAGAACGCACGCAUACUGCCUUGGAACCACCAAGCCGAGGCUCCAUGCGCGCCGACGGGCCUCCGCUCUUUAGAGUCCUGCGGGGGCACCAAUCCCGUUUCCUUGCUCCUCUCGCGACCACACUUGGCGGCGCUGCGCUCGUCGGGGGUCUGGUUCUUGUUGACGGAUGGGGACAUUAGUGAAUGGGAAGUGCGGCGGUUCUCGACCUGUUUGGCGCAGGAGCGGAUGCACGGGGUCCCUGUUGUCGUUGUGGUUUUCGGGAGCACGGAUGGGUCAAUGCCCGCGCAGUGUAACAUUUCCGUUGGCUUGUCACCAUUCGCAGCGGUGCCGCAUUCGGCUUUGUUAUACCAGGAUGUGCAGCUCCAUGGCCGCUGCUACGUGCUUGCUGCGAAGGGGUGUUUUGAAGGACUUAGCACUGCUGGUGGUGAGGCGGUGGUUCUUGGCGAUUAUACUACUUGGUCGGACCUGCCUACCAUUCACCCCGGCACCGCGUUCCGGGACUUGGUCAUACCCCCGCCAUUGGAGUUGUCAUCGGAGGAAAUUGCGUUGUCGGAUGGUCUCAGGGUUAAUUUUAGCACACUUUUUGAUACGGACCUUAGUGAUGCGCAGGUUACGGAGUUGUUGGGGAACCAGAAUCAUUUGCAGAGCAUCCUUUUGAAUGCGCAAGCUCAGGGGCAGAGCGGGAGUGCGAGGAGUUGGUUGCAAAGGAAUCAGACUCCCGCGUUUGGGUCCCCCCCACCGGCCGCGGGCGGGAUGACAGAUGGGCAGGCAGCGCAGUCGGUGCAACAGCUUACACAAGCGUUGCGGGGGACAAGUGUCGGCGGGGGCAGCGGUGGGUCUGGGGCCAAUGUUGAUGUGCUAAGGGCACAGCUUCGUGAGGCUCAUAGGAGAAAUAGCUCACAAUACCAACAACAGCCACAGCGACGGCAGCAACAAUUCCAACCACAACAACAGCAACAGCAGCCCUAUAUCCCUCCUUCUGCCGUGAGGAGUUCAAGAGACGCCACAAUUGAAGCUGCUCUGGAAUCUCUGACCCGCAGUACACGCAGCGGUUUCAGCAGCUCAACGUUGACCUCCGCAUCCCCAAUUCCAUCCACACCGGGACCCUCUAGCGUCUAUUUACCUGCCCUACUACCUCCCCGCCAACCCACUCCACCAGCAGCACUGGAUACCACCGGGGCAUUCCUAGGCGAAUGCAGUCUCUGCUUUGAAUCAAAUACUCUCCUCUCUAUCCUCUUCAAACGCCCGACUACCCAGGCUCCAUCCCCUCCGCAACCCCUCCUCUUCCCCCUCGCUCUCGGCUCCGCCCCACAUAACGACGUAGUAUCAAGCUGGAUGUGUUGCUACGACUGCAGCACCCUACUCGUUGCGCAGCGUGAGACCCCGCUCCGAGAACCCGCCACCGCCACUCUCCCGCUCGCCUCCUGGACCCGCAAUUCCGCACUCUGGCGCAGUGUCUUGCACUCAGCCCUCAGUGCGCCAAACACCCUCCCCUCCCCCCUUCUCCCAGUCCUGUUCCUAGCUGUGCUAGAAAACUGCCUGGAAAAGACCUGGUCGGCGCAAGAUGGUAGCGAGGAGAACCGCCAGCGCCGCGCGGCCCUAAUAUUCGCGCGGGACAUUGUCCUGAGAGAAGUCAAAGUCGCCGGCGAUGAGCACAAGGGACCCAUAGGCGCAUGGGUAACAGACGUCCUCCUACGCCCGAAGAAGGGCGAAGACAGUCUCGCGUGGAAGUACCCGAUGGAGGGCUUCGUCCUGAUGACGAAGCUCGCGCGCACGCACGAUAAGACUCUUAGCCAACAGGAGAUUACUAAGGUUGUUUGGAGGAAGAUUCUCCAUACUGCUGCCUCGCGCUACGCGACUGCGGUCAAUCGCGGUGAUGGGACGGAGGAGGUGAGGAAGGGGCGGAUACGGAAGUACUUGCUUGAAGGGAUCUCGCUCGCGAAGGGUGGGGAGGAGGGCUGGAUGGACGGAUUGCGGAAGUUAGGCUUUUUGGGCUCGGGGGAUUUACUCGCGCUGGCGAUGAUCCCCGGGGAGGUGCGGUGGAUUGAGAGUGUUGCUGGAGAAGCUAUGGCCAAGUGGAUUGGAUGGCUCGGUGAGCUGCGUGGUGUUAUGGGCGGCGGCGCUAAGGAGUGUAUUGCAGAGAUUAGGAGGCGCUGGGGGAGGGAGGUAGAGGAGGUAGUUAAUGGGAUAGAUUGGGAGGGGGAGAUACUUUGAUUGGGGGAAUUGGAAUUGGUUAAGUGAUUUGUUGCUAUGAUUUUUAUAUGAUUUUUAUUUAUUUCCAUUUUCGAUUGAGUUUUUGUUGAUGCGGAAGUUAAGUAUCUUCAUGAGACUGUUUUCCCGAUUUGUUUCUUCAUUUACUUUUCUUCUUUCAUCCCCCAUAUAUACUACAUUUCUGCUGCAUCUCUACCAGAAUACACAGGCGAUUGGGGGAUUUGGCGAUAUAUGCAAUGUCAUGUACUUAAUCACAAACACCCGUAGUUACUAUCA